GUUGUUCUGCAGAGUUUUUGCUACCUCUUUCCGUGACAACUCUAUAAUAAGUAGACGCUCGAUCGAUGCAGUUUCCACUCCAUCCCGUCCUACCCAAUCCUAUCUCCUCUUCUUGAUUGGUCUCCGUUAAUUGCGCCAGAACUCAGAGGAACAGAUCACUGUUCUGCAGAGUUUUUGCUAGCUCUUUCCGUGACUCGGCCAUGAGCUACCAGCAGGGCUACCCGCCGCCGGGCACUGCAGCGGCGUACCCUCCGCCGGGCCAGCAGCAGCAGGCCUUCGUCGCGCCGCCGCCGGCUGCGUACCAGCAGGGCCAACAGUACCCUCCCGCCGGCGCCGACACCACCAACCGCGGCGGACACGGUCACGGCGGCGAUGGCUUCUUGAAAGGAUGCUGCGCGGCGCUCUGCUGCUGCUGCCUCCUCGACGCCUGCUUCUGAUCGAGUUCGUCCCGUGUUGUUCCACCGGCACGAUCAGGCGCGGCAUAUAGAUUAGUUAGAGACUACCGUCAUAUUUUGCUUCUUUUUAACGUUCUUGAUUCAUGUGUUGAGUACUAGUCCCAGAGCAAGAUUUCUUGUGUCAUUGUGUGUGAUGGUGUGCGUUGUUUUCGUUCGUAUGAUCCAGAUAAAUAGACAUGUGACAGUCAUCUGAUGGCCUUAUGGAAUGAAUAUUUUUUGGCUGUUUCUUCA